UAUGGAACACAUAUUUAAAAUAUAUUUUAUAUUUAAUACUAUAUAUUUAUCAAACGGCCAAUAUAUUUACUCAGUCCUCAGCAUAUUCGAAAAGGUUCUGAGAUGUCUAAAUUUGCAGGAAAUCAAGCGUUGACUUGUCUAAGAAUAACCAAUUAAACUAUCAUUAAAAAAAUUUGCACAAAAAAAAAACUAUUUAAUUAUUCACAUAAACUAAUUAGUACUUCUUUAAUGAUAGUUUAAUAGCACGUAGUACAUACUAGGAUUAGAUCAUUUUGUCUCUUGAAUUCUUCUUAUGAUCAGAUCAAUUAUCUUCGUUGACUUUCUCCCUAAAGUCUCUCUUCUUUCUUGGCAAGAACAUUUGGUUUGUGUCAUCAAUAAUCAACCAAUCAUGUUUCAGUUGAUUAUGACGUUAUUGUUGUUCUUCCCUAAGAACGUAGUAUCAGACCCAACUGGUGGAGAGUUCAACUUCAAUGGCUUCCUAUACGCUGCAGGAUCAGCCCAUCUAAAAAGCAAUGGCCUCUUCAGGCUUACCAACACUACCGCACAAACAGCUGGUCAAGUCUUCUACAACUACCCGUUGAGGUUCAAGGACUCUCCAAACGGUACCGUCUUCUCCUUCUCCACCACUUUCAUCUUUGCCAUAGCUUCACAUUAUGGAGCUGAUAACGGCCAUGGACUAGCCUUUGUCCUUUGUCCCACGAGAGGCUUAUCAAACGUUGAUCCCACACAGUAUCUAGGACUCUUCAACUCAACCAACAUGGGAGAUCCAUCAAAUCACAUAGUAGCUGUUGAGCUUGACACAGUCCAAACCGCUGAGUUUAAUGACAUUGAUUCUAACCAUGUUGGUAUUGACAUAAACAGCGUGAUCUCAGAGGUAGCUUCUUCAGCAGGCUAUUUCAAUGAUGAUGGUACGUUUGUGAAUCUCUUCCUCUCCAGUGGAGACCCUAUGCAGGUUUGGAUUGAGUAUGAAAGCAAACAGAAGCAGCUUAAUGUCACACUUCAUCCUCUUGAUGUCUCAAAGCCAAAGACUCCGCUCCUUUCUCUAGAGAAAGAUCUUUCUCCUUAUUUACUUGAGUAUAUGUACGUUGGAUUCUCUUCAUCCACUGGUAUAAGAACUGCUUCUCAUUAUAUAUUGGGGUGGACGUUCAAGAUGAAUGGGACAGCUCCAGAUAUAGACACCGCUCACCUUCCAGAGGUUCCUCGUUUUGAUCAGCCAAGGGACCAGAGUGUAAAGGGGGUUAUGGCUAUAACUUUGAGCUUAUCAGGCAUCACUAUGCUCAUAGUCUUGAUUCUUGGCUUAUGGCUUUUCUUGAAGAGGAAGAAGCUCUUAGAAGUUAUUGAGGACUGGGAAGUACAGUUUGGUCCUCAUAGGUUUGCUUACAAAGAUCUACACACUGCCACAAAGGGUUUUAAGGACACUGAGCUUCUCGGUAAAGGCGGGUUUGGAAAAGUCUUCAAGGGCACAUUACCAGUUUCCAACAUAGAGAUUGCAGUGAAGAUGGUUUCUCAUGAUUCAAGACAAGGGAUGAGAGAGUUCAUUGCUGAGAUUGCAACCAUUGGCCGGCUAAGACACCCUAACUUAGUUAGGCUUCUUGGAUACUGUAGAAGGAAAGGUGAACUCUACUUGGUGUAUGAUUGUAUGCCCAAAGGAAGCCUUGAUAAGUUUUUAUACCACCAGCAGAAUGGGAAUCUUGAUUGGUCAAAGAGGUUCAAGAUCAUUAAAGAUGUAGCUUCUGGUCUAUGCUACUUGCACCAGCAAUGGAUGCAGGUGAUUAUCCACAGGGAUAUUAAGCCAGCCAACAUCCUUCUUGAUGGGAAUAUGAAUGCAAAACUUGGUGACUUUGGUCUAGCUAAGCUUUGUGAUCAUGGGAUUGAUCCGCAGACAUCUUAUGUGGCAGGUACGUUAGGGUAUAUCUCACCUGAGCUUUCAAGAACUGGAAAGGCAAGUACAAGCUCAGAUGUAUUCGCAUUUGGAGUGGUGAUGCUAGAGAUUGCCUGCGGACGAAAACCGGUGUUGCCACGAGCAUCGGAAAGCGAGAUGGUGCUGACUGAUUGGGUGCUGGAGUGUUGGGAGAAUGGAGAUAUACUGCAGGUUGUUGAUCAAAGGAUUGGGCAGGAGUACAUUGAGGAGCAAGUAAAACUUGUUCUCAAACUAGGCUUGCUCUGUUCGCAUCCAGUAGCAGCCAUCAGACCAAACAUGUCCAGCAUCAUUCAGUUCCUGGACAGUGUAGCUCAACUUCCUCAUAACUUGCUUGACAUUAUGUCAGCUCAAGAAAUCAAUAGAGGUGCUCAAAUCUCAUGUGAAGCAGGUAAUUCUCCUCAGUCCAGUUCCCUCGCUUCAUUGACCUUCACUGAAUCCUUUGUCUCUCAUGGACGGUAGAAGAUGAAAACACAGAUCUCUACUGAAGAUGAAAGUCUUGGCUGGCUAUAGUAUGCUUGUAAGAGUUCAAGAAGCAAAAGGGAAACAAGAAAAAAAAGUUCUGGUGGAAGUAAUAAGAUUGAUUUUAAAUUAUGCUGUCCUUUAUUGAGCAUCUAACAUCAUUCUCACGUUUAUAUUCCAUAGACUCUAUACACAUACAUUAAACAAAAGACUUUUUGUAAUACUUUCCUCACAUAACUAAUGGAAACUUGGUGACUUCUCUA